CUUGAUCAUUGCAAAUGCUCUAUUCAGCGGAUAUCGUCAUCGGAAACAACUACACAUGAAUGGAGAGGAGGAAGAGGAUGAUAUCUGGGAUGAAAAAUCCUUAAAGCAGCUUAAGAGAAAGAUUGGACAGUCGGCGCGUAGAAAUGAGAAAUCAACAACUACCUCGCGCAAAAGCGCACAAUCAAGGCGCACUGGCAGUAGGUUGAACAAACCUCAACGACAGUGUCGUUUGCAAGCUUCACGGAAAACAAAGACAGAUAAUUCACAGACAAUCACAAAAAACAGUAGUAAUAAACUAAAGUGCAAGAGGGAAGAUUCCUCGAGUAUUUGUAAAGAAUCGAUUGAUGAGGACUCGAACUUUAGUCAUCAAUUUGGAAGCCAAGUUGAUUCAGCCGUGGUUAACAGGAAGAUCAUACCUCAAAAAAGCAUUACAGAUGGGUACUGUCCUAAAUGUCAGAUGCCUUUCGUUGCAUUGGUUGGAGACUCACCUGGGUGGCACGUCAGUGAAUGUUUGGGAAUCAAAUAUUCUCACAUAGGUGAUUGUCCUGAAGGUCUCCACUGCAGAUCAACAUUUUCCCCUCAUUAUGAGAGAUACUCUCACAAGCUUUUGGCUUCUGUCAGGAGUUGUGGCAACUUGGACAAUGGAGAUGAAGAAGAAAAUAACAGCAGCAUAAAUAAUUUGAAACACAAACAACAUGAAAGAACAAUCAAAUCUUCAAGAAAGUUAAACUUUUCAGAGGAGACAUUUUUGUCAGAACCACCUAAUAAAGAUGAAGGGAAGUGUGAGUCUCCUGGAACCCUCAAUGCUACAGUAGAAAAUGGAACGACAAGAGCAGAAAAAAUAGAUGAUAAUAAAACACCAGAGGAAUUGCCUUGUGAUGAUAUUCAUGGUUCACCACAACAUUCAAUCCUCAAACAAUCUUGCCAAUCUCAUUCUUUGUCUUUACAAAAUGAUGUUCCAAUGACCAAAGUGGAGACAGAAGAUUUUGAAUUGUCCUAUGAUGAUGAUGACCUGUUUGGAGAUCCAGAAGUCUUGGAAAGUAUGUGUCAGGGUUCUAAUGCAGUGGAUCAGAGAACAACAGACCAACAGAGUUUUAACAGUCAUGAAUGUGUUGGUGUUCAUAAUAAUCAAAAGCAGAAUUUCAUUCACUCUGUUAAUUCAGUUGCUGAGAAAAUGAGUAAAACAAGUGAAUGCACAAAGAACAUUGAGAUCAAUUUUACACCAAGUCCAUAUCCUUUAGAAGCAAGGAAAAACAAAGUCAAAGAGGUUAAUCUGGGUGAGCAAUCAAUUACAAGCCAGAAACAACAGUCAAUUUUGUCAUUUGUCAGAAAAGAGAAGGAGGCCACUAAAACAAAGACAUCUCUUAAACAAACAGAUAUAGGAGUGUUCUUUGGCUUGAAACCGUUGAAGAAGCCAGCAGAAACUAAAGUAACCUCUCAGAAUUGUGCUAAACUAUCAAACUCUUCACAAUCACAAUCUGUGCCCCAAAGACAGGGUCACUGGGCAACAGGAAAAACAUUCCACAGUGAUCUUAAAAAUGCGGGAUCUACAACUGAAGGUCAAAGUCUAAGUCAUGGUAAAGAUCUGGCUGGUAGUAGUGGAACCCAAACUCAACGCAGUUGUCCAUUCUACAAGAAAAUUCCCUACAGUGGAAUUACAGUUGAUGCCUUUCGCUAUGGCAACAUUCCUGGCUGUUAUGCUUAUUUUUUGAGCCAUUUUCAUUAUGAUCACUAUGCUGGACUAAAUGGGAAAUUCAAAAAUCCAAUCUAUUGUAGCAAGAUCACAGCAAAUCUGGUGAUAUCCAAGCUGUAUGUUAAAAAAGAGUUUGUCCAUCCUCUUCCAAUGAAUACACCAACUGUUGUGGAAAAUGUACAAGUCACUCUUCUGGAGGCAAACCAUUGUCCUGGAGCUGUACUGUUUUUAUUCCGGUUUUCCACUGGCCAGACAUACUUACACACAGCUACUGUGAUCCAAAUUAUUCCUUCCCUCCUCAAGAGGAAACCAUCAACUUUGCUGUUUCAAAAGCUGUGCUAGCAUGUAAACAAAACCCAAAGACGCUGAUUGUUUGUGGCUCAUACACAAUUGGAAAAGAACGUGUAUUUCUUGCCAUUGCAGAGGCACUUCAUUGUAAAGUCAGUGUAGAAAAACAAAAGAAAAAGGUUCUGGAUUGUCUUGAAUCUGAUAAAAUCAAAUCUCUAAUCACAACUGACUGGAGGGCUGGAAGAAUUCAUGUGUUGCCUAUGGCAAAGCUAACAUUACAGAAUCUAGUAACAUAUUUGGGAUCUCAUAAGUCACAGUAUACUGAACUCUUGGCCUUUAAACCCACUGGAUGGGAACACAGUGCAAAACGGGAAGAUUUGUCCAUGAUUAAACCUUCCAAGAGAGGAAGUGUCACAAUCUAUGGUGUGCCUUAUAGUGAGCAUAGCAGCUUCAGUGAACUGGAGAGAUUUGUCAGGUUUCUUCAGCCAAAGAAGAUCAUUCCUACGGUUAAUGUCCAUUCAGCUGAAAAAAGGUCACAAAUGCAGGCCUUUUUCAACAGCUGGUUAUCAAAGGGUUCCUUAAAGUUUUGAGAGUUAUGAAAUCUUUGUCUCAUGGCAGGUAGUCAAAGAACAUGCCAAAGAGAGAAACAUUAUUUGACGAUUGUCUAUAAAGCCAACCUAAGUCUUUGCUAAGUAUUUUGUAAUUCCCCAGGAAUGAAAAAUUGUACAGAAGUAUUUUUCUAUAGACAUUAUUUAUGAGUAUUAUUUUUGUUGCAUCAAUCUUGAGAAUUCUUCACAGUCUAAGUACUUAAGAUGUACUUGAUAAAAAGGUACAUCUGGAGAAGCAUUAUUUAUUAUUUUUCUGUAUUUAAAGCUACAUGUAAAUGCUUUUACAUUUUGUAAGUUUAAACUUUCAAUUGAUUUUCUGACAAGGCAUUAUUGAAACUGGUAAAUGAAGAAACUCUUAUUUAUCCACAGAAGUGAAAUAUAUGUAUACGUGUCACUGAUGCAUUUAAUUAUACUUUACUGUAAAAAUUUUCCCACAAUUUUGACUGGGUGUACAGUGCCAGUAAUGCGUCCAGUCUGUUCAUCUUCAGAUCACAUUUAGAAUUAGAGUAUCUAAACUAGUAUCUAGCCAAUAACCUGCUGAUCAGCAGAAAUAUGUGAACUAUGAGUGUGGAUUGAUCUACCAUUUGGAAGUUAAUUUCAUAUUCACUUAUGUGGAAAAUAAACAAGUUUGUAAAAAGUGGAAUUUUAAA